ACGAUGCUGGACGGGACGGCUUCAUUGACCUGAUGGAGCUGAAACUGAUGAUGGAGAAGCUGGGGGCCCCCCAGACCCACCUGGGCCUGAAGAACAUGAUCAAGGAGGUGGAUGAGGACUUUGACAGCAAGCUCAGCUUCCGGGAGUUCCUCCUGAUCUUCCGCAAGGCGGCGGCCGGCGAGCUACAGGAGGACAGCGGGCUAUGCGUGCUGGCCCGCCUCUCUGAGAUCGAUGUCUCCACUGAGGGUGUCAAGGGCGCCAAGAGCUUCUUCGAGGCCAAGGUCCAGGCCAUCAACGUGUCCAGCCGCUUCGAGGAGGAGAUCAAAGCAGAGCAGGAAGAAAGGAAGAAGCAAGCCGAGGAGAUGAAGCAGCGGAAAGCGGCCUUCAAGGAGCUGCAGUCCACCUUCAAGUAGCGCAGGCUGCGGCCGACUGCCCUGCCCCGGCACCCAGUCCAGCGGGCGAGCUGGGCGAGGGCGGGUGUGUGGGAGGCUGAGCCUGAUCCUCCACCUCUGUCUGAUGGGACCACGACGACACAUCUAAAACUGUCUGUGAAUGGAGCA